UAAAAAUAACAUAACCUACGACACAUUCUCUUAGUUUCCGAAAUCGUCAUCUUUUGGGUUCGAUCAUUUGUUUUAUUUAUAGUUAAAAAAAUAGUUGAUAUUUAGUUCUAUAAAGGAAGUGAAUAGAGGACAGUGUUUAGAAUUGAAAGGGUCUAAUGGCGAUGGUGGGAGUGAAGUUGCAUUUCCGAAAGCACCAUGUGAUUAUGGAUAACGGCAUUGUUCAACUCACACUAACGAAUCCUGGUGGAUAUGUUACUGGGAUAAAGUACAACAACAUCGACAAUUUGCUUGAAGCCCACAACGAUGAAUCUGAUAGAGGUUAUUGGGAUCUCGUUUGGAGUCCACCUAGAAGUCCCGGAACGACAGGCACUUUUGAAAGGAUCAUUGGAACAAGUUGUGAGGUUAUAGUCGAUACAGACGAUCAAGUAGAGCUCUCCUUUUCAAGGACAUGGGAUUCCUCCCAAGAGGGCAAGCACGUCCCGUUGAAGAUAGACAAAAGGUUUGUGUUGCUUCGCGGUUCUUCGGGUUUCUACUCGUAUGGAAUUUACGAACAUUUAGAGGGAUGGCCUGGUUUCAAUCUUCCGGAAACCAGGAUAGUGUUCAAGCUCAGGAAAGACAAGUUUCACUACAUGGCGAUGUCUGAUGACAGACAUCGAUAUAUGCCUUUGCCUGAUGAUCGGUCACCGAAUAGAGGUAAAUCAUUGGCUUAUCCAGAGGCAGUUCUUCUUGUUGAUCCCUUAGAGCCCGAGUUCAAAGGAGAGGUAGAUGAUAAAUAUCAAUAUUCAUGUGAAACCAGUGAUCUAAAGGUUCAUGGAUGGAUAUCCAUAGAUCCAUCUGUAGGGUUUUGGCAAAUUUCGCCAAGUAAUGAGUUUCGUACCGGCGGGCCUUCCAAGCAGGAGCUUACUUCGCACGUUGGCCCGAUAAAUUUAGCGAUGUUUGUUAGCGCUCAUUAUGGUGGAAAUGAUUUAGUAAUCAAAUUUGACGAAGGGGAAGCAUGGAAGAAAGUUUUUGGUCCGGUUUUUAUGUAUCUCAACUCUACCUCUACGAGUGAGGACCCUAUUACGCUCUGGGAAGAUGCCAAGAAUCAGAUGUUGGAUGAAGUAGGAAAAUGGCCUUACCGUUUUCCAGCUUCGGAAGAUUUCCAUCAAACUGAGGAACGAGGCAUGAUAAGUGGCAAAUUAAUGGUAUAUGACAGAUUCAUUAGCAAUGAACAAAAGCCCGCAGUUGAUGCUUACAUCGGGCUAGCUCCUCCAGGAGACCCUGGAUCAUGGCAAUUCGAAAACAAGGGAUAUCAGUUUUGGAGCAAAACAAACAAGGAAGGUCAUUUUUUGAUUGAAGACAUUUUGGCUGGCACAUAUAAUAUAUAUGCGUGGGUCCACGGAUUCAUUGGUGACUAUAUAAACGAUACCACCAUCACCAUUACACCAGGUUGUGACAUUGAUGUUGGCAAUCUUGUUUUUGAACCGCCGAGAGACGGUCCAACUUUAUGGGAGAUUGGUGUACCUGACCGCUCUGCAGCUGAAUUUUACAUUCCUGAUCCUGACAUUAUAUAUACCAACCAGUUUCUCGCCAACAAUCUCAACAGAUUUAGACAAUACGGAUUAUGGGAAAGAUAUUCAAUUCUAUACCCGGAUCACGAUUUGGUUUUCACGAUCGGUGAAAGCGAUUACAACAAAGACUGGUUUUUUGCACAUGUAACCAGGAAAAAAGAGGAAAAUACAUAUGAAAAAACGACAUGGACGAUCAAAUUCACGCUUAACGAAGUGAACACGAAUGGAAUUUACAAACUAAGAUUGGCUCUAGCAUCUGCAAACGUUUCUGAUCUGCAGGUUCGUCUUAACGAUCCAAACAAGGAUUUGCCAUUGUUUUCUACUGGAAUAAUUGGAGGAGACAAUUCAAUUGCAAGGCAUGGAAUACAUGGGUUGUAUUGGUUGUUCAACAUAGACAUACCAGGAACAAACUUGAACACUACCAUAGAGAAUGCGAUUUAUUUGACACAAGAAAAUGCAGGAAACCCGUUUUAUGGAGUUAUGUAUGAUUACAUUCGUUUAGAAGGACCACCUAGCUCCUAAGUUUGUUUUUAGUCAUGUAUGCAAUUAAUGUAAUUAUAU